CCCCCGGGGCUCGGGGCUCGGGGCUGCCGCCGGCGGGGCCCGGCCGCCGCCCCCCGUCAUGAAUAUUCAGCGCAGCGCGGCCCGGCCCCGCCGCCUGCCCGGGCGGGAGGGGUUUGGGCGCGGGUUCACCUUGACUCGCGGCGGGGCAGCGGCAGGUGCGGGCCCUGCCCGGUGUGCCCGGUGUACCGGUGUGCCCGGCCCGCGGCGGGGCGGGAGGCGCAGGCGCCCCGCGGCGAUGGCCGAGAGCCACAGCUGGUGGAAGCUGACCUUCCUGCGGAAGCGCAAGUCCAUGCCCAAGGUGCUGUACGACAGCCCCGACGUCCACGCCGGCGACGGCCCCGAGGGCAGCGGCGAGGAGGGGACGCCCGAGUUCGCCGCCCGCCUGGAGAAGAUCGUGGACAAGAGCAGCAAGGGCAAGCACGUGAAGGUCUCCAACUCCGGCCGCUUCAAGGAGAAGAAGAAGGUGCGGGCGACGCUGGCCGACAACCCCGGCCUUUGCACGGGCACCGAGCGGGAGGAGAAAUGAGGCCGGGAGGGGGCACGGUCCCAGCGGGUCGCGGCCCCCCCGCCCCCCUGCAGCCUCCCAUCCUGCUCGGCUCGGUGCCGGUGACACGACGGAGCGGGGGGGCUCGCUGCGGGGCUGGCCGGACCCCCCCCCAGCACCGUGGAAGGAGAAGUGACUCGGGUCGGACUUUAUUUAAGCAGACAGCCACAAUCCUGUUUGAGCGCAGCCCCCGCGGGUGCUGGCUGCGGGAGCCCCAUCCCUCGGCGCUGCCCCGAGCGCGGUGCCGUGGCCCCGGCCCCCCCCGGCCCCGGAGGUGACACCGGGCAGAGCCCUGCUCGUCCCCAGGGGCUGCCACCACCCCGUGCUCCGGCAGCCCCGCGCACCGGGCCCGUCUGUGCCGAUCUUCGCCCCGCUGGAUCCGGCAGGACCCGGCCCCGGGCCCGCAGGACGGAGCAAACCCUCGCGGAGCGGCUCCCGCAGGGACCUCGGGGGGCUGCGGUGUCCCCGCGGCGUCCCACCGGGAGCGGUGUCCUGCCCGCCCCGGGAGCUGCUCUUUGCUCCCGGAAGGGGAGAGCCGAGCACAGCCCGGGGCCAGGCCGCCCUCGCAGCUCCUCUGUUUUUUUUCUUUCCUUUUCUGGGAGCUGCGCCUUUUGCGAGCUCUUGCUGCUGCUCCGUGUUAAUAAAGCAGGUCUGGGAACAAAGG